AUGUCUGAUUCCAUUUCAAGAAUAACGUCAAUGCUUGAAUCCGCAAGGGAUUUGACUUUGGAAGCUGCUGCUGCUGCUUCUGCUAAACUGGCUGAAACUCCUGAUCACAUAAGACCCAAAGAAGUGUCAACUCUCUUGAAUUCAAGAUCUGAAAGAGAUGUUCUGAAAGGUUUGAAGUAUGUCAUAUCAUUGAUUUCAAGUGGUGAAGAUGCCUCACAAUAUUUCACAGAUGUUGUCAAAAAUGUCACUUCCUCAAGUUUAAAGAUUAGAAAGCUUGUGUACACAUAUCUUUUAAGGUAUGCGGAUAAAGAAAAUGAUGUUGCUUUGCUUUCAAUUAAUGCUAUACAGAAGUCUUUGGGAGAUAAAAACGAUCAGGUUAGAGCUCUAGCUAUCCGAGUCAUGUCAGAGAUCAGGAUAUCCUCGAUUUAUCACAUUGUUCAGUUGGGAAUCAAAAAAUGCGCUUCAGAUCCAUCACCAAAUGUCAGAAAAGCAGCUGCUAUAUCACUUGUAAAAGUGUACACAAAUCAUGGACAUUCAUCCGUUCAAGAGCUGACAGAGCAUUUAAAAACUUUACUAAAAGAUAGAGAUGUCAAUGUGCUAAGUUCUGCCAUUCUUUCCUUUAGAAUCAUAUGCCCUGAAAAUUUUGAUCUAAUACAUGGACACUUCCGUCGGUUUUGCUCUAUAAUUACGGAACUAGAUGAAUGGGCUCAAAUUUAUCUCGUUGAAUUGUUGACCAAUUAUUCAAGAGUCUUUCUACCAAAACCUAGAAUUUUCAACAAGGCUACAAAUGAAUCUGAAUUCAUUAACCUGCCUGAUAAUUACAAUGAGAUCCCAUAUCCUGUUUAUGAUGUUGAAUUUGACUCUGAUUUGAAACUGUUUUUAGACUCUAUAAAGUACUUGACUUAUAGCAGAAAUGAAGCAGUGGUAUUAGCGGUUGGUAGAGCAUUUUUCCACUUGAGUCCCCCAAAAACGUUCAAAGAAUCACAAAUUUCAGCGUCACUUGUCAGAAUUUUACAAACUAGUAUUCCGGAGACCCAAGUGUUCAUUUUACAAAGUAUUCUUUAUAUGGCUGCUCAUGAACCAACGCUGUUUGUUCAAUAUGAAAAAAGAUUUUUUUUGUUUCCUAAUGAUGAAAUUUUAAGUGCACAAUAUAAGCUUAAAAUUUUAUCGAUCAUUUGCAAUGAGAAUAACAUAAAGUCAAUAACAACUGAACUACAAUAUUAUGCUUUAAAUUCAUCUGAUCCAAGAAUUGCGGUUGAGAGUGUGAAAGCUCUUGGUGUUUGUUCCCAAAUUAGUCAAUUCUGGAGUGCAAAAACCUUGAAAUGGCUCUUAUCACAAAUUACCACUCUGGGACAAGAUAGAACUGUCACUGCUGAGUUUUUGACUGUGAUUAGGUACUUGGUGCAACAAAAUCCUGAAAAUAAUAUCAAAACAGUGGUAAAAUUAGCUUACCUUCUUGAUGGCGAUUCGCUCCUUGAAUCGAGUGCCAAAGAGAGUGUUAUCUGGCUAGUUGGUGAAUUUUCAGGAAUUGAACCAAAAAUUGGUCCAGAUGUUCUCAGAAAACUGGUUAAAGGCUUUGCGUACGAAGAACCUAAUGUUAGAUAUCAAAUAAUUUUAUUGGCUGCUAAAAUUUACUCUUAUGACCUGGAGAACUACAAGAACUCAAGUGGUGAUCUUGAUUUGGAAAAAUAUGGAUUUGAUGGAAUAAUCCCAAAAUUAUUUUCCCAUGUAAUAAACUUGGGUAAAUAUGAUGAUGUCUAUGAUAUAAGAGAUAGAUCCAGAAUGCUACAUUCCCUUUUGAGCUCCACAACAACACACUUAGCAACAUUAAUUUUGCAGGCACCUAAGCCUGUUCCUCUGGUAACUUUAAGAAAUGUUUCAGAUGUUUCCCCAGAUUUUAUAGAGUUCAAAGAUGAUGACUGGAGAUCGCUAUGUAUUGAUGAUCUUGUGAAGAACUAUAAUUUGUUACCACCAUGGUCUAGUAAGGAUCUUCCUGACAGCUCAAUUAGAAAUGCUAUAGAGGUUGUGGAAGCACCAAAGAAUUUUUCACAACAAACUUUUCCUAAUCAGAAAUCAAAUUCAUUUAAGGAUCCAUUGACUUCUUUUCAACCUCCAGUUAGAGAGAAAAAAUACAAACUUCAAAGUCUGGAUGAUUUUUUUGCUGAAGAUAACAGCAAACCACUCAGAAAUUCUACUGUCACGAAGAAAAAAGUGGUGAUACAAGAAGAAAGUGGGUCAUCCAGUGAGGAUGGAGAGUCUAGUGAUGAAGAAGACUCAAGCAGUGGAGAGGAAGAGAGCAGUGAAGAAGAAGAAGUCAGUGAUGAGGAAGAUGAGCAUGACAAUAACGAAGACUACAUUAAAAAGCCAUUGUUAUAA